UUCUGAAUUUUGAAACAAAAGUGAGAUAGAUAAAUAACCAUCAUGAUACUUAUAAAGAAUACUUCUAUGGCUUGUAUUUUGCUUGUACUCCUUUGUGCUUCCUGGUUGUCUAAUGCUAGGUUGCAUCCUCAAGGAGGUGUUGUUGAAGUUAAUGGUAUCUCGAGUACAAAGGCAAAUGUUACAACUGCAAUAGACGGGAAGAAUGAGAGUGUAAAUUCACCUAGUCGAUCAAGCUUUCAUGGAAAAAGAAGUUUGAGAACACAUUUGUCUGAUGAUAGUGGUUUUGUUGCUUUUACUACUGACUAUCAUCCACCAAGGCAUCACCCACCUAAGAACAACAAAUGAUUUAAAAUCCCAAACUUAGAUCAAUGCAAGAUAUAUAUUUAUGUGUUGUUUUUAUUUAUUUUGCUUAUCCUUUAAUUUUAUGUUUUUCUUGUUGAAGAGUGUCUUGUAUCUUGAAUCGUCAUAAUUAUAAAUAUUCUUUUUGCCAUUGUAAUGUAAAAUUAACAUAUGUCAAAUGAAUGUCACUUAGAAGAAGUGAUCCAUGGAGAUUAA